AUGCUGGCUAGGAACCCCACGUCAUCGAUCGAUCAUCUUCGUAUUCGCGAUGGAAUCUUUCACAUGCACUUCGAAACACUUCUUCGCCCACGAAGUUUGCUCUGUUAUCCUUCUUGUGCUUUUCCCAUCUCAGGACAGUGUCUCGGUGCUCGGAUCAGUCCUAGACUUUCACCCAGCACGGAGUUCAUCAAGAGCUCGUGCGGAGCCACUAUGUACCCAGACAUCUGCUACCAGACGCUCUCCUCCUACGCCAGCACCAUCCAGACAAGCCCGACUGAAAUGGCCAGCACGACGAACAACAUUGUGGCAAUGAAGGACUUGGGAGGGCCAGAGUUUGAGAUGCAGAUGGGCAAUAUCCAGACACGGGUGAGUGCUGCCUUAACCGAUGAGGACACUUGCAUGGACGGCAUCGAAGGGAGGGCCUUCAACGGUGAAGUCAAGCGCACCAUUAAGAGUCGCAUCGUGAGGGUUGCUCAGCUCACUAGCAAUGCUCUGGCUCUCAUUAACAGGCUCCAAUCCAAAUGACUGAGCCAUUAAUUAAUUUGUCUCUCCUGUGUGUAAUAAAUUAAUCGUGUAAACAUUAGCCAAGAAAAUAUUGUAGGAUUCCUACCUGAGCUACUCGGGAUUAUCGCGUGUAAAAAAUUUGUUCGGUAAUGAACUUGUAGUAUAUAUGAUAUCUGUACAACCUCAAGAGCUUGAACUUCAGGUUAUGGUAUAUAUGAUAAUU